UUUUUUUUUUUUUUUUUUUUUUUUUCUUUUCUUUUAUCCGCUGCAAACUUCCGCGCUGCUGUAUAACCUAUCGAUUAAAAAAUUUAAUGCACGCUGUUGAUCAGCCUAAAUUACUAGUUAAAAAAAGAAAAAAAAAAAAAAAGAAAAAAAAAAGAAAGGAAAUAAACUGAAAACGUUAUGAUCGAAAAGAGAUCAGGCUGUGUGGUCAAAGUUAAUCUUACUUAGCAAUCGUUUCAACCAAGAUGGCAUUGACUUUCGCGGAAGCUCUCGUCGUACAUCCACCUUCCGUUCCAUCGCGUUGCAUUGAGAAACAAUCUUGUAAUGAUCCAGCUUGUCCACCGUGUCCACCGUGUUCAUCUUGUCGGACACCAACUUGCGGACAGUCCAGCGUUCAAUUUCAACUGACGUACACAUGUGACAGGUAAACGAAUAGAUAUCGAUAUAUAAACGACAAGUUUUUAUCGAUGCAUUUUUUCUUUCUUUAACCUUUCAAUUUAUAUAUACAUUUGGACAAAAAGUCGUGUACGAUUUUUUCUGGUUAUACAGAUCGACUUAUGCGCCCUGUUAUCGUCCAACUAUACCAAAUUGUUAUCUUUGUCCGAAACCAAUUCGAAAGACGUGUUGCUGUCUAAAGUGGUACGACUGUUGUGGAAAUCCAGUUCUCAAAAGUUGUUCCUAAAAGCGGAAUAUAAUUUUUCAUCCAAGUUAAUAAAGAAAAAAGUGACAUCGUUUUAAUAUAAAAAUUCACGGAAGAAUGAGUGGAAAACGAGAAAAAAGCAGGAUUUACGGACACUUAUCUGAAGUAUGUAAUUUUAUCUCGAAAUAGUCGAAUGCAAAAAAAGAAGAAAAAAAGGAAAAAAAAAAAAGAAGAAGGAAAAGACAAAGGCAAGCAGACGCAUAUAGACGACAAGGACGAAGCAUCAGUUUAUCAAAGAACUUUUUUCAAAAUGUAGCCAGUAAUUAAUACUCGUCCAGGUUUCUCAUGGGUUUUUCUUUCUCCGUCAUAAAAGCUUGAUCGUAAAUCUGGGAGGAAGUUUCAACAAGGAUAUUUCCUUUAGCUCCGUAGUAUUGUAUAAGAAGAAAAAUGUCUUGUCAGAGUAGCUGUGGAGAGGCAAGGCGUACGAGCACUUUACCCCCGCCGUGCUGUCAUAUAAGACCAGCGCCGUUUUGCUGUCCAAAGGAUGGUUGUCCACCGAUGCAGCAGUGUCCACCUAAGCGAUGCUGCCCUCCUCCUCCCACGUGCUUGCCAUUAAUCUGCAGAGAACGGCCUUGUCCUCCACCACCGCCACCGACCGUAUGCGUAGCGGGACCAUGUCCGAUACGACCCUGUCGAGUAAAAUACGAAUGUCCGACACCUAAAAUAGAACCACCACCGUCUUGUGUUCGAUUCUGCAUACGCUGCACGUGCGAGGGAUCAACUUAUGCUCCUUGCUACUUUUCAAGUCUCCCGAUGUGUCCGCGUAUCGAUUGCUGUUAACGGGUUACGGGUUGGUGCACCGUUUGCGAUUUCAUCAGAACAUAUAAAUUCGACUUACAUAGGGAAUAUUUCUAUAGAGUUUCAUUUUGAUGUAGCGCAAUAAGAGAAAUUCGAUUAAUCAGGCUAAAAGAUUAAUUACACAACUUCGAAGCAAGAAAAUCGUCAAAUUCGUCCAAACGCGAUUCGUAGAUCUCUCUUAUAUAAUAUAAUUCUGGAGAAGUUUAAAGGAGAAUACGAGCAAUGCAGACGACUCGCAGGGCUAAAGCUCAGAGCGCGUCCGUGAACGUUCGGUCUUAUAAUUAGUUAAUUAACAGAGAAGCGAAACAACAUUCCGUGUAGCGAGUUUGUGAUAAAGACAAAGCUCUUGGCCACUUAGAAAAUUAUGCAAUAAGAAGCUCUACCCGUAACUGGCUGCCAUCUGAAACCAGCGAGCAAGUUUUCGUGCCUCCUUACUGAUGUCCCGUUCUGGUCUUACGUUAGAACAGUUGUCUCGUCGAUUUAUUAUCUGACACUUUGCCGUAGUUAUACCGUGACUUAAUCUUCUGUACAAACGUACGAACAAACAGACGUUUCCUUUCUCGAUUUCGAAAGCUUCGCUUCGUAAAUAUGUAUGUACGUGCAAUGUACAUUCGUACUUAUCUACGUGCGAUAAAGUCCGUUCGAUAUAUCACUGGUGAAAUCUAAUGACAUUAAUUCUACUAGAAACUUUCUAUUAAUAUCAUAAUCUUGUAUUUGUCAAGCUCACGAUUCGAGGACUCCGAACGUAUACAUCCGCGAAAUCUCGCGGAUCGUAUUUCGCCGAUCGAGUAAUGGGAUAAAAAUAAUUUAGCUGGGCUCGAAAAAAUGGUACUAAAGUUCUUUCCUUUUUUUUUCUUUUUUUUUUUUUUUCUUUCCUUUUCGGGAAACAUAGUGACGAUUACGUCGAGAGAAACGAUGAGGGUACGAAUACGGUCGUCCGUAGGGGGUGCACGACUAAACGUCGAUCACGGCCAAUUUAUUUGGCGAUGUAUGCACGACCGUUAAGCCGAUUAAUGCAAUCACGCGCGGAUAUAUAGAGAUCGAUCGUGAACAUCGGUCGCCCGUAUAAUACCUGCAUUAUCUGUCAUUAAAGCGAACGCAGAAUGCGUUUCGAUCCUCUCGAUAUCGCUACGUUUCCCUUCUCCUUUUUUUUUUGUCCUUUCAUUUCUGUACAGGAUGGUUCAUUUAAGAUGAUCCGUCGAAGGUUGCAGGUCGAAAGCUAUUGAAAAAGAUGAUAUCACGUAACGAGAAUAUUUGUUAUUCUCAUUUUACGUUUCAAAUAAAUAUAUCGUCGCAAAAUCCGCAUCCGUAUUGUACGAUAUUUUUGUGAUUCGUUCAAAUGCGACACCCUGUGUACACACACGCGGCCCUCUCUCGCUCGCGCGUCCUAUCUCAGUCAACUUUUUCAUCCGUCCUGACCAACACUCCGUUGUAGCUACAUAUUUUACACCUAUCGGGCGUGGUUCCCAGAAUCCGCUUUAAAAAGUUCUCUCGUCAAUGUUUAAUCCAUCGGAGGGCCGUUGCUGGUAUAUUACGACCGCGAACGAAUGGAGUGCUUUUAUGCGGUUCAGCUGCACACCGACAAGCAACGACGACAAAUGGCUCGCGCGUACCUUUGCGGGCGGAAUUGAAAUCGAAAAUAAAUUGAAAGAAUUCAAUUUUUCCAGAGAUGAAACGUCAUUAUUCAGCUGGCAGAGCGUCCUUCGUAUUUUUGCAAUCAUUGACGGUAUGCUGGACGUCUAAAGGGUAGGCGAGUCUCUAUUAUCUUUUGAAAUUCAUUCAUCGGCCCUUUUGUCUUUCGCCUUUCCUUCGUUUUUCCAUCGAAAAUUUGUAUUACUCGCUUUUUACCUUUUUCUUUUCCUUUAUCUAGGAUCGUUUGUAGGUAGCGAAAAAAGAUGGUAAACUCAUAAAUGUUCCUCGAUGUUUCGUCGAUAUCUUGGGUUCGUUUAUUUCUUGAUCAAUUUGAUUCAUCUAUAUAUAUAUAAAAAGUCAAACCAGUCAGGGGCUUUGCCUCGAUAUCGUUGAAACAAUCCAAACGAUUAACGACUAAAUAAUAUAUUGUAAUUAAAUCGUCGGUUAACGAGCGAAUAUUCAACGAUUUAUAAGAAUUUAGAGAGCGUGAAUCUAGCAAACUAUAUUAAUAUUAAAUAUUUAUUAGUUAUUGCGUUUCAAAAAGCAAUAUUUUUUUUUUCUUUUCGAUAAAUGCGAACGAUGCCGGUUACGAUACGUUGCAAAUCAAAACCAAUAUAAAUUGGUCGUUGUCGCUUGGUCCAGCUGGUACGCGCUCGUUACGAUACUACGUAUGACAUUUUCAAAGAGCGAAAAUGUUUAAUUCGUAAGAGCGCUUCAUCGAUCGAUUAGUUCUCGUUCUGACGAUUUUUAAUGCCACUUCGUAAACUCGCAAUUAUACGAUUCCGAAUUGGUCAUACUUGAAAUACGCUUUAAGUAGAAAUCAUAACGAAGGUAAUAAAUGAAGAUGAUUGAUGUCUUUUAAUUAACAAAAAUCAUAUCCAUACGAUCGGUUUUGUAUUUCGAGAAGGCAUUCGACGAUUUAUAUAAUUUCUACGUUAAUCCAUCACUUUCGUUCGUUUAAUCGUGAAAAUCAUCGAUGACAAAUAUCCUCGAUAAUUCGAGUUUGAUUCGGAACAGACCAAACGAGGUGGUACACGAACGCACGAUACGUUUGAUAUAUCGAAAUAAAGUGACUUUAGAGGCAUAACAGGUUAAAACGAUAGGUUUAAACCAAGACUCGUAACGAGAAGGAUCAAACGAGAGAGAGAGAGAGAGAGAGAGGGAGAGAGAGCUUUUUGGAUUCCACGAUGUCGGACGACGCCAAAGUAUACACAUUCCGAGUAUACUUUGUGAUUCUCCCGCGAAUCAAUGGAAAUCUGGCGACUUUAGGGACUUAUCGUCGCUCGACACGAGAAAUAGAAAAACUACGCACACGCGCGUGAUUGUAUGUACGCGGAGAGAUGCGAACGUGAAGGAAACGUAAAGGAAAUGUAAAAAGAAAGAAGAGUGACGGGUUUAGACAGGGGAAAAGGAGAAAGUGGAAGAUGUAUAGAAAAUGGAAAGAAGAUUUCGAUGGCACUAGUUUUUCCUUCGCCUUCGUCGAUUUCCGGAACAUUCAGCGCCUCCCACGUGGAUUAGAGGCGUCUUUGCGGAAAGCGUAACUCGAUGUCGAACGUCCGUUUGGAAGAUCGACAGGUAGGUUGGUACUUGAGUUUACUCUUGAGUUCGUUUCUUUUUUUUUUUUUUUUUUUUUAACUUCAUAUUUUAGCUUUUACCAAAGUCUCCGAGGAGUUUAUAGAUAAAUUUUUGUUAUUUUUAUAUUUUGAAAUUCUCGACAUCAUCCAAGAAAAAAAAUAAAAAAAUUUUCGCAAAUGUCAUAUUUUUUUUUCUCCAAGCGAGAAUCCUAUCGAUCAGAACCUCUGAGGAAUAUUAUCGUCGAGGUUCCGUUUUAAUAAUUAUUUCCCAGGACAAAUAUAAAUAACGUAUCACGGUUGAGCAUUUUAUCAUGGCCAGGCAGGGAAAGUACGAGUACGAGAGAGGCGUUUCCUAAUUAAAGGAGAUAGUAGAAACGCUCACGCUUGGCUUAGAGACGAAGACGCGGAAGGAUGCCGGCGCUAUAAUUUCCGUGGAACGAUGCGAGUCUCCCGUAACGUUAGCGCGUAGUCGGUAACAACUCGGCGGGGAGUGAUCUACGACGUUGAAGUCAGCCAGCUCGAGUCGGCUCGGAAUAUGUUAUGACGACGAUAACUCGAAGAACGGGCUUCUCGUCCUGAGAAAUGUGACGGAAAAAUGAUCGUCCUCAUCAAUUUAAUCAACGUGUAAUACGUGUUGAGGCGUAAGAAACAGUUAGUUAUACGCAUUACGUGACUGGUGUUUUAUGCGAGAUGCGUUCGAGCGUGAGACGCUUUGCAUUUGAUGCGUUCGCAUCAUGAAUUCAGUGAAUCGUAUUGGGCAAAGAGAUCAUUAUGUUUUAUUCUCGAAUUUACAUCGAAUCUUUUGUGCCACCACCAAAAUAUUAUGUGCAUAAAUGUUCGAAUGGAGUAUAAAACUUGCAAGUGGUUAUUAAAAAUCGACGAUAUAAAUUUCAAAUGAAAUUGUAAAUAAAAAUUCGUCAAUGUAACGAUCGUAAUACUACAACGUUAGAAGUAGGAGAGGAAACUUGGAGAAAAGCAUUGGCGAGGAUAUACGAGCAAGUUGCUGAUCCGUGUCAAAGGGAACGCGAUCGUUUAAUCGAGCGAGUUCGAUCAGUUUCUCGUUCAGUAAUUUACUCAGUAUUACGUACUCUUAGUUACUUGUAAAUUUAAUUAAUCCUUUCGUAUCAAAGUACGUAUCGAGACGAAAGGACGCCGCCGCCGACGACGACGACGACGACGACGACGACGACGACGACGACGACGACUACGAUGGAGAGAAUGGGAAGCACGAAAUGUUACGGUUUCGUUGCUCGAGUUGCUCGCCCUUUGAACCCGACGCACUCGCUUCUUCACUGAAGUAGCACGGACGAAUGUUCAACUUUAAGUGGACUCCGGUUUCAAGAAGGGUGGAAAACCACCGUCGCCUCCUCGCCCACGUAUCACUUCUUCUUCUUCUUCUUUUCUUUCCAUUGCUCUCAUUCUUUUUUGCUUUUCCUAGUGGAAGAGGCGAAGGUAAGGAGGGUAAGGGGAUGAAACGUGCAGUCGAGUUUCUCGAGAAAUUACUCGGUCCCAUCGUUGCGGCCCCGUCGCCUUCUUUGCCACUCGACGAUUCUUCUGUUGUGCCUUCUCUCCUCUCUCCUCUCUCUCUCUCUCUCUCUCUCUCUCUUUCACCUUCAUCUCCUUCAUUCAUCUUUUCUUCCCUCGCCUUCGUACUUUCCGCUUUGCGAAGAAACUACUCCUCGGCGAAGAAAAGUUUUCUUAAUACCGUGAGAAGCGUGAGCCAACACAACGAAGGUUCCUCUCUCUUUCUGACUGGGCCAUGCUCGUAUUAUCGAUAUUACUCGUAGCUAUGAAAGUUGGAAGACGAGCGUGAGUUUCAGAAAAUAUCUCGAAAGGUAUACGUGUGCAUGUAAGUACAUAUCUUUCGAGAGAAAAAAAAAGAAGAAGAGAAACGACGUAUCUAGCAACAACUCUCAAGAGGAAUGCAUCGUAUAUCGAGUAUUAUACACCUUGUCGUUAAAUUUGUUUCUUCUUAAUAAUAUAAAAUAAAUACGGAGCCCCUUUCAAGAGCAUCUUAAA